CAUUUCAGAUUUAGCGACCCCUCCAUGGAGAGAGGGAACCACACUCUCAUAACUGAGUUCGUCUUGCAGGGUGUCUCCAGCUUCCGCGAGCACCAGCUCGGCCUGUUUGUCGUGUUCCUUGCACUGUACGUCGUGACCCUGGCCGGCAACGCGGUCAUUGUGACCAUCAUCCGAACGGACCCUCACCUGCACACGCUGUACUUCUUCCUGAGCAUGCCGUCCUCCUCAGAGACCGUAUAUACACUCGUCAUUCUCCCAAGGAUUCUCUCCAGUCUCGUAGGUACGAACCGGUCCAUCUCACGGGCAGGCUGUGCCACCCAGAUGUUCUUUUUCGUAACCUUUGGCAUCACUAACUGCUUCCUGCUCACGGCGAUGGGGUACGACCGCUACGUGGCCAUCUGCAACCCCCUGAGAUACUCCGUCGUCAUGAACAAGAGGGGGUGUGUGCAGUUGGUGGGGGGCGCCUGCGGCAUUGGGCUGAUCGUGGCGACGACGCAAGUGACAUCUGUGUUCAGGUUGCCUUUCUGUGCUACGAAGGUGGCCCACUUCUUCUGUGACAUCCGACCUGUAAUGACGCUCUCCUGCGUCGACACCUCGGUCAACGAGACCCUGACCGUGAUCAUCAGCGUGCUGGUGCUCGUGGUCCCCACGGGCCUGGUCUUCAUCUCCUACGUCCUCGUCGUCUCCACCAUCCUCAAGAUCCCCUCCGCCCGGGGCCGGAAGAAGGCCUUUGCCACCUGCGCCUCUCACCUCACGGUGGUCGUCGUCCACUACGGCUGCGCCUCCGUCGCCUACCUCAAGCCCAAGUCGGAGAACACCAGGGAUCAGGACCGGCUGAUCUCGGUGACCUACACCGUCAUCACCCCCCUGCUGAACCCGGUGGUGUACACCCUGAGGAACAAGGAGGUCAAGGAUGCUCUGCUCCGGGCCGCUGGCAGGAAGCUUUCCUGA